AGGUAUUACGGCGUUUCGUGUCGAGAGUCUCGCACAGCCGACGAUGUCUUCGGGAGACACGUUGCACCGUGAAGUUUCAAUCGCGUUAUUACCGGCCGGCUUGUAUCGCGAGGAAACGUCAACGACGUGAUAAUCGGUCGAUCAAGAAACAAGAUCGACGGUGCGCUUCGUGAAAGAUAGAGGGCAACAAUUCGCCCCGUUGUUCCGCGUCCGUCGAGAGCACAAAAGUCUGCGAAAAAGAUGAUCGGACCGUCAUCAGGAGCGGCUGGCGACAUGGCGGAGGGUCAGUGCCAAGCGGUGCCAUCCAAGCGUAAGGUCUUCGACGACCUGGACAUCGACAGUUUCUGCGAGGAGGUCUGCCAGACGAGUCGCAAGCGUUAUCUUCAGGAACUGGAGACGCCGGUGGAGUUGAUAGCGUCCAACGAGAUCAUCGCUAACACGACCCUGUUCUCACCGAUGUCCGCUGAAGACGCCAUCGAGGAAUCGCCAGUGGCGCGUCUGGAGGUGCUGCUGGUGAACGGUACCAACUGCACCUGGACGACCGUGUCCGAGCUGGAGCAGCAGCAGCAACAGCAGCAGCAAAAUCUAGAACUGCCGACGUCCUCGUCGUCCACGUCGUCGUCGUCGUCGUCGUCGUCAACGUCCUCGUCGGUAUCCUGUGUCGAACGACAGCGACAAUACGCGUUCCAGGAAGCCUACGUCGUCGAGCAGACGCAUUAUGUCGAGCCGACAGUGUCGGUGAAUUACUGGGAACCGGUCGCCGAGCCAGCAACGUCGAUCGUCACUGCGGGUGUUCAACAACAAAACAAAGACACGGCGAGCGACCAUCAUAACCAUCAUCAUCAUCAUCAGCAUCAGCACCAGCAUCAGCAACAGCAGCAGUUCGAGGACCAAGAGAACGGGAAUCUAUCGUGGUUACUGGACUUCAAGUUGGACUCCUUCAUCGAAGCCGCGGACGACAGGUCGACCGCGGGAUCUGUCGCGCUGAAGGACAAUCAUUGUGGCAACAAGAGCAAGCUGAACGGACGGCCGCACGGCUCCAAUUACACCGGCGACGUCAGGAGAGGCCACAGCAAUCACGACAGUUCGUCGGCGUAUCGGCAGGACUCGAAUCAUACGACUUAUCUCGCUAACGGGACCGACAAUCGGAAUCUGCCGCCUUCGCGAGCCAACGGCGGGCCGAAGAAGCCACCCUUCACCUACACGGAAUUGAUAGAACACGCUCUUCAGGAGAGAGGCGAGCUCACCGUCUCCGCCAUUUACCAGUGGAUCUCCGAGCACUUCCCUUAUUACAAGAGUAACGACGAUCGCUGGAAGAAUUCUGUCCGGCAUAAUCUCUCGAUAAAUCCGCACUUCCGGAAAGGAUCGAAGGCGCCCCACGGAGCCGGUCAUCUCUGGGCAAUCGCGAAUCGUAACGACUGCAGCCCUCGACCGCUCGCCGUCAACGGCUUAACAAUACCUACGCGACAAACUGUGAAACAAGACAGCAAUGAGUCCGGGAGAAACGGAAACAUCGUCAGCGAAAUUAUCGCGAUGGACGAGGUGGAGGCUGCAACGGCGAGCAUCACGCAGCAGAAUUCCGAGGAGGAGACCGACGUUCUGAACUCCGUGACGCUCGAGCACUCCGCCGAGCAGAUACUCAACGGUAUAAAGCGCGAGGUGGAGGUGCAGUAUCUGGUUCCUAUGAUGGUGAGCAGCGGCGACCACGACGCGAAUCAGCAGAGCCAGCAGCCCACGCAGACGGAACUUCAGUGUUCCUUCAAGGAGAGCGAUUUCCUGAACCCGGUGUCCAAGGAGGUCGUCGCUGAGGAGUGCGGGCUCAUCAGCGAAGGCUACCUCGUGACCGACCUGAAUCCGAACACGCUGGGAUUGAACGUGGUCGAUCCCGAGAUCAUAGGAUCCGAGAAUCUCUUCGGCGAGGAGUUGAGCUUCCAGUUUUACGAACUGACGUCGCCGUCCCAGCUGCAAUCGGCCUGACACACGGAGAGCAACAAAGUACGCUUCAUCGUGAUCGACGAGCUGCAGAUACAGAACGCACGACCGCGCGUCGAAAACGACGAUUCGCUGGUCCGCACCGCCGAUGAAAUCGCGAGGAACGCUUCGGAGCACGGAGGCUCGCAGAGGAAAUUGUCCGUCGACGGCAGUCAGAGCAACGAGAACACGUUGUGCACGACGACGAGGAGCUGAUCCUGUUGGAAUCGUUCCGUCGAAAGGUUUCUACGAUGACAAGAUUCGAGGAUGUUCGAUCAUUUUAGUCGACGCGGCCGCUAGAAUAGAAUAUACAAGUUCACUGAUAAGCUUAUCGAAUGGACAACGAGUCGAACACGCGUGCUGAUCCGAGGAAAUCAUGUCUACGAAUGAUAGAACGAAGUGCAAAUCCAGCCUGAUGCCACGGUUCGCAGCGGUAACGGGGAUCACCGAGGAACACUCAGCGCAAAACGAACGCGGUGUGACGCGAAUUGUAACAAACAACAUAAUCGCAUAAAUCGUGUGCCUGAUUACGUGUCUUAAAGAGAGCGCCAUUUAUCUCGACGAUGCAUUAGAAUAAUUUCUUCUAGUCCUUUCGACAUACAGUGUGUAAUGUUUUUGUAUUAGUAAAGAAAGUAUGAUAUUUACUA